ACAGGGAAAGUUGCGGAAAGCAGAAACUUCAAGUUAUUAUGCAUGUUCACGUGAAGAAACAGAUGUCAAAGCUUUGUUAAGUUUACUUGCUUGGGAAUUUUAUUUGAUGUACCACGUGAGUCUUCUCCUUCCUCCCGCAAACCUGAUUCUCUCUCCUCAAUCAACAAAAACCCCAUUCUACUCUUUCGGCUAACCGCCUUACGCCACCCCCCGCCGUCGUGUGAAGCUGCCGGCCAGCUGUAGCACUGUAUUUUGAAGCCGUCAAUUGUUGCUGUCUUCAAUAAUCAAAUAACUAGGGGUUCGAUUCUCACCUCUGGCACGCUGGUGUGCUGCAGCGGUGCAACGCUGUCGAAGCUGGGAAUUUGCAAGUUCGAAGUUGGCAGUUGACAGUUGUGGUCUGAAUUAAAUUUAAUCACAAAUAUUUUAUUCCUCCACUAGUAUAUAGAAGUAGUAUUCAAGAGAAAUAGAGAGCACUUAAGGCAAACUAGAAACAUGGAUGGGAAUGUGAUAUCAAAGGAGGCAGAAAGUUCGAUAGCAGCAUCUUCGAUGUUCCCAGGGUUUAGAUUCAGCCCGACAGACGAAGAGCUAAUUUUGUAUUACCUCAAGAAGAAGCUGGAAGGCUAUGACAAGUGCGUUGAAAUCAUCCCUGAAGUUGACAUCUGCAAAUACGAACCUUGGGAUCUGCCUUCCAAGGCUAUUAUCAAGUCAGAUCAGGAGUGGUUUUUCUUCUCCCCUCGCGGCAAAAAGUAUCCCAAUGGUUCACAAAGUAAAAGAGCAACUGAAAUUGGUUACUGGAAAGCUACUGGGAAAGAACGUGCUGUUAAAUCUGGUUUGAAUGCUAUUGGUACGAAGCGGACUUUGGUAUUUCACAUUGGUCGUGCACCAAAAGGGGAGAGGACUGAGUGGAUAAUGCAUGAAUAUUGCGUAUCAGGAAAGGGUCAGGAUGCACUAGUGGUGUGCCGCCUUCGGAGGAAAAAUGACUAUCAUGCCAUGAAUUGCACAAAUGGAGAUUUUCAAUUAUCAGAUUCAUUAGCUAGUAGCGGGACAUACUUAGGGUGUGGUAUAGAUCCGCUCACUAGUACAUCGCGCGAGGACAAAAUGGCUGAAUGUUCUUUCAAGAAAUCCAGCAGUAGUCAUGAUUCUCAUUCGGUGGAGCAAACAGAUUCUCCAUCUCAGUCGGAUUGGAAAACCAAAGAUGAAAUAGACGAGGCAAGAUUUGUGAGCCCUGUGAAUCAUGCCGCCAACGAAGAUGACUUAUUUGCUGAGAUAUUGAACGAUAGUAUCAUUAAGUUGGAUGAAUGUCUACCCUCUACACCAGCUUCAACAUUUGGUGCUCAACCUAGCGAAACCAAUACCACAACUGUGCCCAUUGUGCCACGUACAUCUGAUCCUCCACAUCAUCCUGUUACUCCACGCGCAAGUCCUUCUCAAGGAACUGCAAAUAGAAGAAUAAGGCUUCGAAAACUAAGGAGAUUCAGCCCGCGUAAGGAGGAGUUAGAGGCAGGUGCUCGAGAAUAUAUGGUUCACUCCAAGUCCAAGCAACUCUUGGGAAAAGGUCGUAAUGGAUGGAUCAUGCUAUUCAAAAGUUGUUUCCGUUUGUAUGUAGUAGUGAUUACUAUAGUUUCAGUGACUUUGUUGCUGACUUAUGCCACCGCUCCAAAUUACUGUUACUAACACAUCAUAGGGUAGGUAAAUUGUCACUGUAGUUCAAUAUUAGCACUUUGCAGUUGGAAGCUUAAUUUUGAUGAGCGUUUCCAUAUUAAAGAAACUCAAUGUGUGCCUGUUUGGUGUCCUUGAGCAAGUGCCUAAGAGCACAUUGAGCUCCAAAGAUUCGACAUAUAUAUAAUGCAAGAAGCUUAGGAUCGAAUAACCUCUUCUAUUUUA